AUGGUCGCGAUCGGAAUUAGAUAUUACAAACUCCGCAAUUCGGGCAUUGCCUGUAUUAUCUGGCCACAGCUCAGAAAGGAGAGCAACACUGGCGAAACGGUCUGGGACGGAAGGAAGAAGGACGAGUCCAAGUACAGACUGGUUAUCAACACGUCUGUUACAGUAGACCUUUCGACAACAGGCAUAUCUCCUGAAACCAAGUUCUUCUUGUCUGAGAACACGUUUUUCGGUACAGACAUGUGGAACCCAAACCAGGCGUUCUUCUAUGAUCCCAAUUCCAACGUCACUGCUUGUGCAACCAAGUGGGGAGGAGUCCACGAUGGAAGUCUCGACUAUGGGGACUGCUAG